AUGGGCCGCAUCCGCCACAAGCGCACGCACCACGCCCGCCGAGACGUCUCGCGCGGCGCCCGCACGCGCGCCCGCCACCUCGAUGCGGACCAGGUGCACGCCAACCUGAGCAACCCGGCCAAGUCGGACGCGCUGCUGGCGCCCGCUGCGCUCGACAUUGAUGCGCCGGGUCUCGGUCUCUUCUAUUGCAUCCCCUGCGACCGGCACUUCCCUUCCGAGAAGGACCGCGCCACGCACCAGGCGAGCAAGCUGCACAAGCGUGCCGCCAAGCGCGCCCUCGAGGAGCCGCACACCGUCGAGGCCGCCGAGCGCGCCGCCGGCGUCGGCGUUGACAACCGCCAGCGC